CUCCCGGCUCCGUAGUAAGCAUGGCGGCGGCGGCGUUUGUGGUCCCUCGGGUGAAACAGAAAGCUGGAGCUACGCGGAGAGGGAGCGAAGAGCGGGGCUGAGGCGGCGCCGUCACUGCCGGGAAACAACCCCAACAGUCACUGCGCCGGAGGCUGCGGCGCCCCCAAGAGUCGGCUCUGCAGCUGAGGUGAGAACGAGAACGAUCAGGAACCUGAAGACGAGGCACCAGGGUAGCCGCCUCCCUCUGCCUCAGAACGGCGUGACUCGGAGAGUUGGAGGGAUAUCCGGUAUAUUCAUGUCUCAUUGAUAAUGGCAGAACAUCCACCACUACUGGAUACAACUCAGAUUUUAAGUAGUGAUAUUUCUCUUCUGUCUGCCCCUAUUGUAAGUGCAGAUGGAACACAACAGGUUAUUCUGGUACAAGUUAACCCUGGAGAAGCAUUUACAAUAAGAAGAGAAGAUGGACAGUUUCAGUGCAUUACAGGUCCUGCUCAGGUUCCAAUGAUGUCUCCAAAUGGUUCUGUGCCUCCUAUUUAUGUGCCUCCUGGAUAUGCCCCACAGGUUAUUGAAGACAAUGGUGUUCGAAGAGUUGUUGUGGUUCCCCAGGCACCCGAAUUUCAUCCUGGUAGUCACACAGUGUUGCACCGUUCUCCACAUCCUCCUCUGCCUGGCUUCAUUCCUGUCCCAACCAUGAUGCCCCCUCCACCGCGUCACAUGUACUCACCAGUAACUGGAGCUGGAGACAUGGCAACACAGUAUAUGCCACAGUACCCAUCUUCACAAGUAUAUGGAGAUGUAGAUGCUCACUCAGCACAUGGAAGGUCUAACUUCAGAGAUGAAAGAUCUAGUAAAACAUACGAACGUUUGCAGAAAAAAUUAAAGGAUCGCCAAGGAACACAGAAAGAUAAAACGAGCAGUCCACCAUCAUCACCCCAGAAAUGCCCUUCUCCCACAAAUGAACAUAAUGGACUUAUAAAAGGACAGAGUGCUGGUGGUGGGAACACCGGAUCUGCAAAAAACAAAUCAGGGAAAGGGAAAGGUGGCAUACAACUUGAUACAGAUACAGAAGAAAAAGAUGCCGAAACUAAAGCAUUUGAAGCACUUCUUUCCAAUAUUAUCAAACCAACCGCCUCUGACAUCCAGGCAAGAACAGUAGUACUUACCUGGUCACCACCUUCCAGCUUCAUUAACGGCGAAACAGAUGAGACUACUACUGUACCAGAGCUCUAUGGUUACGAAGUUCUGGUUUCAAGUACUGGAAAAGAUGGGAAAUAUAGGAGUGUUUAUGUUGGAGAAGAAACAAGUGUCACUGUAAAUGAUCUCAAGCCAGCUACAGACUACUAUGCAAAGGUUCAGGCAGAAUAUAAUUGUAUAAAGGGAACUCCUUCAGAAGCCGAAAGCUUUACCACUUUGAGCUGUGAACCUGAUAUACCUAAUCCACCAAGGAUAGCCAAUCGGACCAAAAAUUCACUCACUUUGCAAUGGAAGGCACCCAGUGACAAUGGUUCUAAAAUUCAAAGCUUUACUCUAGAAUGGGAUGAGGGAAAAGGAAAUGGAGAAUUUUGUCAUUGUUACAUGGGUUUACAGAAACAAUUUAAGAUCACUAAACUGUCCCCAGCAAUGGGUUGUAAAUUUAGACUAUCAGCCAAAAAUGACUAUGGUACAAGUGGUUUUGGUGAAGAAGUUGUAUAUUACACCUCAGGCUGUGCCCCUUCUAUGCCAGCCAGUCCUGUAUUAACUAAGGCUGGUGUUACGUGGUUAUCCUUGCAAUGGAGUAAACCCUCAGGAACACCAUCAGAUGAAGGAAUAUCUUACAUUUUAGAGAUGGAGGACGAAACUUCAGGAUAUGGUUUUAAGCCUAAAUAUGAUGGAGAAGAUCUUGCUUACACAGUGAAAAAUCUCAGACGUAGUACAAAGUAUAAAUUUAAGGUUAUUGCUUAUAAUUCAGAAGGUAAAAGUAAUCCAAGUGAAGUAGUAGAGUUUACUACAUGUCCUGAUAAACCUGGAAUACCUGUAAAGCCUUCAGUUAAAGGAAAGAUACAUUCACACAGUUUUAAAAUAACUUGGGACCCACCCAAAGACAGUGGAGGGGCAGCCAUCAGUAAAUAUGUAGUAGAAAUUGCAGAAGGUCCAAACGGAAACAAAUGGGAUAUGAUCUACAGUGGAGCUACUAGGGAACAUCUUUGUGAUCGACUAAAUCCAGGCUGUUUCUAUCGUUUACGAGUUUACUGCAUCAGUGAUGGAGGACAGAGUGCGGUGUCUGAAUCUUUACUUGUGCAGACUCCAGCUGUGCCUCCUGGCCCAUGCCUCCCUCCCAGAUUACAGGGUAGACCCAAAGCAAAGGAAAUACAGUUACGAUGGGGACCCCCUCAAGUUGAUGGUGGAUCACCCAUUUCCUAUUAUGGUGUGGAAAUGUCUCCUGUAGAAAAAGAUGAACCCAGAGAAGUUUACCAAGGCUCUGAAGUAGAAUGUACAGUGAGCAGCCUUCUUCCUGGAAAGACAUACAGCUUCAGACUGCGUGCAGCUAACAAAAUGGGGUUUGGACCAUUUUCAGAAAAAUGUGAUUUUACUACAGCCCCUGGUCCACCUGAUCAGUGCAAGCCUCCUCAAGUGACAUGCAGAUCUGCAACGUGUGCACAAGUGAUUUGGGAGGUCCCAUUGAGUAAUGGAACUGAUGUCACUGAAUAUCGAUUGGAGUGGGGAGGAGUUGAAGGAAGUAUGCAAAUAUGUUACUGUGGACCUGGUCUUAGUUAUGAAUUAAAAGGACUUUCACCAGCAACCACCUAUUAUUGCAGGGUCCAGGCUCUGAGUGUUGUUGGUGCAGGCCCAUUCAGUGAAGUUGUAGCCUGUGUAACUCCACCAUCAGUUCCUGCCAUUGUAACUUGUCUUCAAGAAAUAAGUGAUGAUGAUAUAGAAAAUUCCCAUUACUCACCUUCUACAUGCCUUGCAAUAAGCUGGGAAAAGCCUUGUGAUCAUGGUUCAGAAAUCCUUGCCUACAGCAUAGACUUUGGAGAUAAACAACCUUUGACCGUGGGAAAGGUUACGAGCUCAAUUAUAGACAGUUUGCAGCCAGAUACAACAUACAGAAUACGAAUUCAAGCCUUGAAUAGCCUUGGAGCUGGUCCUUUCAGCCACAUGAUAAAAUUAAAAACUAAGCCUCUCCCUCCUGAUCCACCACGUCUGGAAUGUGUUGCCUUUAGUCACCAGAACCUUAAGCUUAAGUGGGGAGAAGGAACCCCAAAGACAUUGUCAACAGAUUCAAUUCAGUACCACCUUCAGAUGGAGGAUAAGAAUGGAAGGUUUAUAUCCUUGUAUCGAGGACCAUGUCAUACGUACAAAGUACAAAGACUCAAUGAGUCAACAUCCUAUAAAUUCUGUAUUCAAGCUUGCAAUGAAGCUGGGGAAGGACCCCUCUCCCAAGAAUAUAUUUUCGCUACUCCAAAAUCUGUCCCAGCUGCCUUGAAAGCACCCAAAAUAGAGAAAAUAAAUGAUCACAUUUGUGAAAUUACUUGGGAAUGUUUACAGCCAAUGAAAGGUGAUCCAGUUAUUUACUGUCUUCAAGUUAUGGCAGGAAAAGAUUCUGAAUUCAAACAGAUUUACAAAGGUCCCGACUCUUCAUUGCGGUAUUCAAGCCUUCAGCUGAACUGUGAAUACCGUUUCCGUGUGUGUGCCAUUCGCCAGUGCCAAGACCCUGUGGGGCACCAGGACCUGGUAGGUCCCUACAGUACCACAGUGCUCUUCAUCUCUCAGAGGACAGAAGCGCCGGCCAGCACCAACAGAGACGCUGUGGAAAGUCCGAGGCGCCGGCGGGCCCUCAGUGAUGAGCAGUGGGCCGCCAUCAUCCUCGUGCUGUUCGCUUUCUUCUCUGUUUUGAUUGCCUUUAUCAUUCAGUACUUUGUAAUCAAGUGAAAAUACUACUUCAUUUUUUAAUGCUUUAUUAUAUUUUAUUUUGUCAUGUACUAAAAUGAUUUCUGUAUUGCUUUUACAAAAACAGUGGCAUUUAGCACUGGCAUUGAGACUAUAGCACGACAUUUUGCCAUUUACAAUGCUUAUAUUAUUAGGUAAUGGCUGGCACUUUAAUAGAAUGCAAGCCACAGAAAUAUCAAAUUUAGUGGGUUUUGUUUGGUGGGGCUUUUUUUUUCCUUAACUUUUUUUUUUUUACAUGCUUCUUAUAAAACAAACUUUCUAAGAGGCAACAAUACAUAAUUGAUAUUUUGACCAGUCAGCAUGAGUGUAACAGUGAUAAGCCUCAUCUGUUUAUUACCAAGUUAAAAAUUCCAAAUGAAUAAAAUUUACACUAAAUGCUGUACAAAAAUGUUAAAGUCUGAUGCUGUGAAAGCAAUCUAGUGCUAUAUUUCUACCUCCUCAUUUGUCUUAAUUAUUUGGUAAAGAAGAUUUUGAUGAAUAACUAGAGGGGCUUAGCAAACAAAAAAUAAUAAUGGAAGAAAAGAUGCAUGAAAAAGAAUCUUCUUGUUUGAUAAAUGUGGCAUUCUUCAUGACAGCUAUAUAUCCAUAAAUUCGUACAUCGGUCACUUAAAGAAAGCACAGGCAGUCCACUUGGCCUAAAAAUAUUUUAAUGUUUACUAUUAAAGUACCUCUUCAGAUCUUGAAAACGUGGAAGAGAUAGCUUUUAUAGAUACUUUUUUAAAACUAAUAAAGUCAUUUUUUAAUUUCAACUUAUUUAAUUUGGCUUCUGUUUAUGAUAUGUUUAAGCUAUACCUAUGUGUAUAAGGACAUACAUGUACACAUAUGGCAUAACACACACGUUUUAUACACUUGGCACCUACAAUUGUUGCACAUAUGUAUUGCAUACACACUCCUUCUGUCUAGUUUGGGCCAAUUUUGAAGAACUUCCAUAAGUUUUGCUGCUUCUCCCAUAACUACUGCCAUCACCAUCAGAAUUCAUAAUCAAACCUAACCUUUUUGUUUGGGUCACCAAAUCCGAAGACAAAACUAAUUUGCACCAGUAAACUUCAAGCUGCUUUCUAUCUUGAAAAACUAAUGUUUGAUGUAAUGUCUGUUCCAAAUUGUUGACUGCAUGUGGUUAAUGUUGCAUUUGAGCACUUUGCUAUUACAUCAUUAAUGUUUUGUGAGCUUGCAUUUGUGAGUUUAUAUUGGAUGAUCAGAUUGAAUUUUGUCAAGUACCAUAUUGUACAUCUGUCUAGAUGUUAAUGACUGCCAGUAAAUAUACAGUUUGUAAUGAAAUUAUCUAAAAUUCUUGUUUUAUCACAUCUGUUCUCUGUAAAACACUUGUAACUAGCUUUUUUUAAUUUAUUAUUUGAAUUUUAGGAUAGUGACUCACUAAUUUUUAGUUGCUUGGGUUAGCAUUUUGGUGAUUACUAAGCACUUCUGCCAGUCUUUGAAAAAAGGAGCAUAUGUUUUGUGCUUUGAAGAUUCUGAAGAAUUUGUCUUAUAUUAGAAUGGGCAUGUAUUGUAAUUGUUUUAUGUCAAAUAACCUGUGCUGUUGAAAAACAUUGACCUUUGUUCCAAACAGAAAUGGAUAAACUUGGCCUUUCCAAGUCGUGAGAAUGAUCUGUCACUAUAAUAUACUAUAUGUUUACAUUUUAUUUAAAAUUAAAUCUCUGAUGUAUAGAAUGAUAACCUUCCCCCAAAACAACCGUGAUUGUGAUUGUUUUCUAGAACUUCUUAAAAGUGCCACAUUUGGCAGUACAAAUGAGUGUGAGUGUAAUCGCCCAGAGAUUUCUAUAUAGUUGAAUGUCUAAAAUGGUAAAAUGUGCCACUGUGACAAGUUUACAGUGGCUUAUGUUUUUCAUAGUAAACUCAAAUGAACACCUAUUUUUGAUAGUAAAUGUCAUUUAAUAGUGUAUUUGCCAUUUGAGCCUCACUGCAAAAUUAGUGCAGAGGAGUAAGCAAUUUCUAUUGUAAUGUUGAUUUUACCUCAUAUACUGUACAUUCCAAAAACUCUAAACUUUUUAAAGAUUAUAGAUACACUACCAAACAUAUCACCUUAAAAUUGUAUAAGGUUGAACUUCAUACAAAUGAAAAAAAUAUAAUCUCAUAAAAUACAUGAACUAUGUAGCAAAAGUAUCUUUAAAAUCCAUGAAAAAUAAAAGUUGUAUAAUUCUUUUUCUGAGAUGUGUUUAUUGCCUUCAUAUGCAUUACCUGCUGCUUGUUUUAGAAAAUUAAAUGUUUCGUCUUAUAAUGGGCUUAAAACAAUAUUUCUAGCGGUAUUCGUAUCUUCAACAUAAGAGGAGGAAUA